CUCUGCUUCUUCCAACCCGUCAUGUCCCUUGUAACCCGCUGGUUCUCAAAGGGUGGGUCAGAGAACUACGAGGAAGUUCUCUCUGCACUUGCAGCAGAUGUUGCACGACGACAGACACGUCUGGCAGAGAUCCGACUCCGUGAGCGGCGGACGACACUCCACUUCACGCUUGGAACGCUCUCUCUAUGGAUUUCAUUUGUAUACUUGUGGUAUACGCGUAUACUUCCAACAGCGUGGCAUGACUCACUGCUAGCGAAAGUGGCAGUCCUAGUGGGACCUGUAAUAAUAUUAUUUACACGGAGGAUGAUGCAGAUAUGGUAUUCUUGGAAAGGCGGACGCGAAGAAAAAACCCUCAGAGUUGUCACUCAAAAGCAGCGAGCCAAAGUUGAAGAAAUUAAGAAAAAGACCAAUUAUGACUCAACACGGAGCCUGCUUGAGAAAUACGCUGAUCCCGGCACCCCGAUACGCCGCCCGCAGCCUCUUUCACAGCUCCAUACACCACUGUCCGCAACAUCAUUGGCACACCUACAAACACCUGUCGUCCAACAAAGGAAUGUACCUCUACAGCUUUCGCCAACGCCACAGCCAAUUCAGCCGACUCGUAAGCGAUGGUAUGACAAACUCGCCGAUGCCAUUCUAGGCGAUGAAGAAUCAUCAAUGAACGUGGCUGCCUCACGCUACGCAUUGAUUUGCCAGAAGUGCUUCUCACACAACGGGCUCGUUAAGGAGAGCGUCUGGGAGGACACCCAAUACGUAUGCCCGAAGUGUGGCUUCCUUAAUCCUUCCGCUAGAACAAAGAAAUUGAGACUUCAACGCACGCCAUCGCCACCUGUCAAUGUGGAUAUGGACCCAAUCGCAUCUCCGCAACGUACUCCUAUGGAGGGCGUGGAAUCAACCGCGCCGUUUGUCGACAUGGCGCCUGAGAAGAAAGAGCGAGUCCAGUCGCGAGAAAUAGUUGGCCGUACACGGGGUGAUGUAAUGCAAACAGAGCACUCUGCAUCGUAACCUGUUCAUUUCAAGGAUCUAACAAGCCUUGAGGACUUUUUGCUUGGUUUUUAGCUAUAGCAUUAUCACAGUAGGUAGCCACAGUUGACCUCGUUUUGGUCCAUCACACUCCUUUCGAAUUCGUUUAAUGUAGCAUCGGUUAGUUAGUAGUUUGACUUGCAAGUUGCAACGAGAAUUGGAUUCGUCUGUUAUAUUACUGUUGUACCGUCGAAGCAACUGUUUUCUCCUAAUGGUCCUUGUCACUGAUGGAUCGCCG